UUUAGUCAUGGGUGUAUCGUAAGAGCGACAGAAAACAGUUUAGCAGCACCGAGGCUAGGAAAUAGUUUUAGUCUUCAUCGGUCCAAAAUGUCUGUGUCCAUGAGCUCAACGUGUCCAGGCCUGUACUGUGGCAGGAUGACGGUCAAUGGAUCAGUGGAGGGAGAGUGUGGUGUGUGUCCUCGUGGAGAGCGGUCCAACCUACAGAAGGUAUGUGAACGCUGCGCUGAGGAGCCUGAUCUCUACGACUGGCUCUAUCUGGGAUUCAUGGCCAUGUUGCCUCUGGUGCUGCAUUGGUUCUUCAUUGAGUGGUACUCUGGAAAAAAGAGUUCCAGUGCUCUUCUACAGCACAUCACAGCCAUGUUGGAGUGCAUCGUGUCGGCCGUGGUCACUCUGCUGGUCACCGAUCCGGUGGGAAUACUCAGUAUCCGCUCCUGUGGUGUCCACAUGCUGUCAGACUGGUACACCAUGCUAUACAACCCCAGCCCAGACUACAUCAACACCAUACACUGCACCCAGGAGGCUGUCUACCCACUUUACACUAUUGUGUUGAUCUACUAUGCAUUCUGCCUGGUUCUGAUGAUGCUACUGCGCCCUCUGCUGGUGAAAAAGAUAGCUUGUGGUCUGGGUAAAUCUGACCGCUUCAAAAGCAUCUACGCUGCUCUCUACUUCUUCCCCAUCCUGACAGUGCUACAGGCCGUGGGAGGAGGGCUGCUCUACUAUGCGUUUCCUUACAUCAUGCUGGUGCUGUCUCUGGUUACACUCGCUGUUUACAUGUCUGCCACUGAGAUACAGUCUUUCAAACACCUGGUUGCUAAGAAGAAGCGUCUGGUAGUCUUGUUCAGCCACUGGCUGCUCCACGCGUACGGCAUCAUCUCCAUCACCCGACUGGACAAGCUGGGGCAGGACCUACCGCUGUUGGCCCUGGUGCCCGGCCCCGCCCUGUUUUAUAUCCUCACGGCAAAGUUCACCGAGCCCAGCCGCAUCCUCUCUGAGGGCGGCAACGGCCACUGAGCUGCUGCCAUCAGCAGUCUGAUAGAAAUGGCAGACAUCAGUGGGUUAGUCAUUAAUAAUCCAGUGUGUUUUAAAUGUCUCAUUUAGUUUUACAAAUUAAAUCUAUUCCGUGUAGAAUGAUUGAAACUGCAAAUGCUCCCAGUGGAGAAGCAGCAAACAGUCACUAUUUAUAGUUGAACUUUGUUGAAGAGCAGAAAAUUUGAUUUAUUAUCAAGUUCACGUCUUGUUUUCUCACUCACAUGUCUUAUAUCCGUCUGACAUCAUCCCAAAGUGUCCUGAGAGGUGUUUUUUUAGCACUUUAUUCAAUGUUGUACAUAUUUUUUGUAACACACAGUACAUAUAAAUGAAGAAUGAAGGUUGCCUUGUAUCUCAGACCUCCUCUAGGCCUCAUGUAUAUACCAAAGUGCAAUAGAAGUUUGCCUCAGCCAGGAGACACUGAGUCUCAUUGAACCAUCACAUUAUAGUGACAGAGCUGAGCAUCUUUUCCUCUCAUAACAACAUCCCUGAGCAUCUUUGAAAAACCCACUUCUGAGAAAUCCCCCAUUACUUCUCAAAUGAAAAUGACAUGAUGUCGCUUGAUUUGCACAAGACACAUUUAUAAAGUUAGUUUUUCUAUGUUAAUGUUACUUUGUUUAAUUUGAAUUCACUGUAUCAUUUAUCAGUUUGUCUUGAUCAAAACAAGCCCAUUAAGAAGCCUGGACCGAAGUACAAUUUGAUUUAUUUCAGCUUCAGAGGGCUGUGAUGGGAUUAUAAAAGGAGCUGAGCCCCACCCUCGGUCUAACAAGUGGGAGAAGCUGCAGGACCAUAAAUGACAGCAAUGUGUUAGAAAUCUGUUAAGUUCUUUUGCUCAGGUGCUGCGAAAAGACGUGGCUGCAGCAGACUCUUAUAAUAAAACAAACCCUGAGGUCACUUAAGAGUAGUAGGUGCUACAUCUUAGGGUUUCUUUUUAAAGCUUGUUGGGGAGUUAUCUCAUGAACAAAAAUUACAAUAUUCAAGAGGCACACACUUCUGUUAGUUGAGGGGGUUUGUAUGUAAGUGAACUUCGUUAUAGUUGUGUAUAGAAGCACCUGCCUGUGUUUCUGUGUUUACUGUGUCCUUUUGUACUGAACCAAGCUGUGAUUCUUCCAAUGGUCUUCAUGGGGUACUCAGUUGAAGCUGCUUAUGUUGUGUAUAUGUAUAUGAUUGUAAAUAUAAGAGUGCUUGUAAUUGUCAGUAUAUUUGUGUUCAGUGGGAUCUGCUUCAUGCACACAAGCACCAUUUGCAAAGAAAUGUUUGUCGGUAAUAAUAAAGUCUGAAUUGCCACUGACAA